CGUGCUGGUGAAGAAAUUGGAGAAUGUAUCGAACAAAUCGAACUUGGAUCCGAAACAUUCUGCUCUCUGCUCAGAAAGAAUGGACAAAAAUGCACUAAACCAGGAGUAGAAGCAAUCGCUAGCUGUUUGCCAGAAGAAUCCAAAGAACUUCCAGCUAUGCUGUCAAAAAUUAUUUGGGUUGUUAUAGACCAGGCAUGCAAUUCCACAGUGGAAGAAAUAUUGGAACUGUUCAAUCCUUGUGUGAUGAAUAAAGAAGCUAACAAAUCGCCAGAAUGUACUGCAGUUAAGGACACUAUCGUCAGUCACAAGGAUCAACUGCCUUCAAAAAGUCUCAUAUGUUC